GAAAGAUGGAGGCAGAGAAGGAAAGAUGGAGGCAGAGAAGGAAAGGAGGUAGAGAAGGAAAGAUGGAGGUAGGAACUUAAUACUUAUUUGUAGUGUGAUGUCACUGUGUGAUGUCACUGUGAUGUCACUGUGUGAUGUCACUGUUUGUCCUCAAGCUGUUUGUCUUUGUGUGUCUCUAAUAAAGGUCCCUGAAUAAGCAAAGAACCUGAUCACAUGACCUCCAUGGAUGACAUCAUGACAACAUUCUCCACCGAGGACCCGUCCUCCAUCAGCCCCACGCCCACCGCUGACGAUGACUACGACUAUCUCGACCUGCUGUGUGACCGGGAGUCCGUGCGGGAUUUCAGGGCUCGCUACGAGCCACCGCUCUUCUGGAUGAUCACCCUGGUGGGCGCAGCCGGGAACCUGGCAGUGGUGUGGAUCUACCUGAGCUUCCGCCGGCGGCUGAAGACCAUGACGGACGUGUACCUGCUGAACCUGGCGGUGGCUGACCUUCUGUUCCUCGUCUCAUUGCCGCUGUGGGCGGCCGAGGCGUCGUAUGGCUGGAGCUUCGGCUCCGCCCUCUGCAAAGUGAACUCUGCCCUCUACAAGGUGAACCUCUUCAGCAGCAUGCUGCUGCUCACCUGCAUCAGCAUUGACCGCUAUGUGGUCAUCGUGCAGACCACUAAGGCACAGAACUCGCAGCUGGAGCGCCGCCGCUGCAGCCGACUGGUGUGCUUGGGGGUGUGGCUGCUGGCCCUGCUGCUCGCAACGCCUGAGCUCGUGUUCGCCAACAUUGCUGAGGCAGGAUCGCAGCAGUACUGCAGGAUGGUCUUCCCGCCUCAGCUGGGCAACCGCACCAAGAUCCUGGUGCUGUCGCUGCAGGUGAGCAUGGGCUUCUGCCUGCCCUUCAUCGUCAUGGCCUUCUGUUACAGCAUCAUUGUCGCCAAGCUGCUCAAGACCCGAAACUUCCAGAAGCACAAGGCCAUGCGCGUCAUCCUGGCCGUGGUGGUGGCGUUCGUCGUGUCCCAGCUGCCCUACAACGGUGUGCUGGUGAUGGAGGCAGCACAGGCCUCCAACAUGACCAUGACGGACUGCGACGAGAUGAAACGCUUUGACAAGAUGGGGCAGGUGCUGAAGAGUCUGGCCUACAUGCACGCCUGCCUCAACCCCUUCCUCUAUGUCUUUGUUGGCGAGCGUUUCCGCCGUGAUGUGCUGCACCUGCUGCACAGCUGCUGCCGCCAGCCAGCCAAUAAGAGUCAGCUGAGCAAGUCCUGCAGGAGUCCGCUGAGCUCCACCAGAGCCUCGAUGAUGUCAGACAGCGAGACCUCGCAGGCUCUGUCGCUAUAGACUACUGCAACUUCCUGUUUGUACUGCAGCAGCCGUGAUGUCAGAGAUGACAUCAUCACUCUUUCAUGAAGCUUUGUUCAUUAAAGGUUUUCCAAAUGAAGUUUUAAGAGGUUUAGUUUUUCAAAUUAAAAGAGAAAGAAGGCUACAAACACACCAACGUAGAUUAAAGAUGUUUGUGUGUUUUUAAUUUUGCAGGAUUUUUCUGUGACAGAAGCAGAUUUUCUUCAGUUGUCAAAACAAUGAAAACUUCAAAUAAAAUAAAACAAACAGUGGACUCAAGAAGGCCUUGAAUGCAUCAUCUUGGCAUCUUAAGACUGUUUUCCAGGACUUUCCAGGAUUUUCCAGGACUUGCCUGUAUGUUGAAUGUAAAGCUUUUUUACAAACUGUAACUUUCAGCUGCUGUUGAUGGAACAGUCAUGUGACGUCUGUUGUCGUGUUGCAGUUGACUCGGAGUGAUGACAGUCUGCUGUUUCUUCACAUUCUUUUACACAAGAAUCAAACUUACCUGUUGGUGUCAGACUCCACCUCUGAACAGCGCAGCUAACAGAUGCUAACGUGAGCGCUGUCUGUGGAUACUUCUCUUCAUGUUUGUACAGUUUUGUGAUGUAAACGUGUCUCAGAUGUGUUGAUGAGAAACAUUAAAGUACGUAAAACUUGCGCAAAGUUUGUGUGAGUGUGAAAAACAGGAGGAAGUUGAUCAAAGCAGUCACACUUGUUUCUUCACAUCCUUCCUCCUCAUCCUGUUUGUGUUUUAACUCUGUAGAAGCGAGAACAUCUGAAUCUCAUACCAGCAACAACCAACCACAUGAUCACUUCUGACGGUAAAAACCACUGAGGCUCUAUGAGCGACCUGUGAUCCAUAACAUUACUCCUCAGAUACUUCGAUAAUUUAGAUGCUGCGUGUGAAGAUUUAAAGUCUAAAAGUGGAGAAGCUGCUCAAAGACUGCAAAGUUUGAAAUGUUAUGAAACUGAUCAGUUUUCAUAAAUCCACAAAUGUAGAAUGACUUUCUAAUAAUGACUCUGGACCUGUGGGUCUUGAUUCUGGACCUGUAAGUCUUGAUUCUGGACCUGUGGGUCUUGAAUCUGGAAACAAACAUCCUCUCUUGGGGUCAGUUGGUCUGACUCUUCUCUUCAUGACAUCAGUGCU